AUGGCCAGGGUGCCCCAGACCCCGGCACCGCCCCGCGGCCCCAGGAAGCGCCCUGCGUGCUGUGCUGUGCUGCAACUUGCCACCAGGCGCUCAACGUGUGGUGGUCUUCGCCGUGCUGGCGCUCCUCGUCCUCAUAAACGUCGUGCUGGUGUUCCUGCUGGCCUUCUGCUGACCGCCAAGGCCAGGCGACCCGGGCUUCUCCUGAAAGUGACAAAGGUGACCAACCCCUCCAACACCACCACCAUCAAGGGCUUUCAGGUGAUUGGGAAGUACAGGCCAGACCCCCAGGCCUGGUGUGGUGGCCUGCUUGUGUACAUUGUGCACUGCAAGUUGCCCCAUCAAGUGCCUGCACCCUACAUGCAGCAGGCUGGCUCUUCUCAUGUGGCCUCGCUGAAUCCUCUUAUCUUACCCUGUCUCUAUUGCAGUCAGGAGCUCUUGAUCCUGGGGCCAGGCAUCUCUGCAGAAGAAGGGCCUAUAAUAAGUAUUUUUAGCUGGCUCAUCAGCAAUGGCAGUGUGGUCUGUGCUGAAGCACUCUGGGACCAUGUCACCAUGGAUAACCAGGAACUGGGCUUCAAAGCUGGGGAUGCCAUUGAAGUAAUGGAUGCCACCAACAGAGAGUGGUGGUAGGGCCAUGUCACUGAUGGGGAGGGCUGGUUUCCAGCUAGCUUCGUGUGGCUGUGGGUGAACCAGGAUGAGCCCUGGGACAAGGCAGGCAAUGGUGGAGCUGAGGCUCGAAGUAGCAGCAGGAACCAGAUGCACACAGUCAUCAACGAGAUCCUCAGCAGGGAGUGGGACUAUAUCAAGCACUUACGGGAUAGCUGCGAGGGCUACAUCAGGCAGUGUCACAAACGCACCAACAUCAGUGAGGAGCAGCUACGCACCAUCUUUGGGAACAUCGAGGACAUCUACGGGUGCCAUAAGGCCUUCGUGAAGGCACUGGAGCAGAAGUUCAACACGGAGUGCCCCCAUCUGAGCGAGCUGGGUGCCUGCUUCCUAGAGCACAUGACAAACUUCCAGAUUUACUCAGAGUAUUCCAACAACCAUCCCAACGCAUGCAUGGAGCUCUCCUGGCUCACCAAGCUCAGCCAGUACAUGUAUUUCCGUGAGGCCUGCUGGCUGCUGCAAAAGAUGACUGACAUCUCCCUCAAUAGCUUCCUGCUGAUCCCAGUGCAGAAGAUCUGCAAGUACCCACUGCAGUUGGCCAAGCUGCUCAAGUAUACCCACCCCCAGCACAGGUAUUUCAAGGAUGUGGAAGCUGCUUUACAUGCCAUGAAGGAUGUGGCCCAGCUAAUCAACGAAUGGAAAUGGAGACUUGAAAACAUCAACAAGAUUACUCAGGGGCAGAGCUCCAUAGAGGACUGGGAGCUCGUGGCUCUCUUUGCGGUCUCUCACGGGGAAGAUCUCCUGGCCAGGAGCUCCGAACUCAUCUACUCAGGGAAGCUGAUUCGAGUUACACAGCCACAAGCCAAGAGCCAGCAGAGGAUGUUUUUUCUCUUUGACCACCAACUCAUCUACUGUAAGAAGGACCUUCUACACCAGGAUGUGCUGUAUUAUAAGGGCUGAGUGGAAAUGGAUAGCUUAGAGGUAGUGGAUCUAGAGUACUGGAAGGAUAAAGACCUCCACAUGAGCAUCAAGAAUGCCUUCCAGCUGCACUAUGGAACCAUGGGAGAGAGCUACCUGCUGUGUGCCAGGAAGCCGCAGAAGCAGUGCUGGCUCAAAGCCUUUGCCAGGGAGAGGGAGCAGGUGUGGCUGGACCAGAAGACAGGCUUCUCCAUCACUAAGCUGCAAAGGGAGCAAGCCAUGCUGAAUGCCAGCAAGCAGCAGGCACCUGGGAAGCCCAAAGCCCUCAGACAGCCCUACUAUCUGAUGCACCAAGAGCACCUGACAUUGCUAACCAGCCUGCCCCAGCAACAGGUCUUGGUGCUGGAAGAGCCCAAGGAAGCCAUCCACCUUCUGGUAUAG